GGGAUCUUGUUCAUCAGUUCUCGGAUAGACAGGGAGGAGCUGUGUGCCCAGAGCCCUUUGUGCACCAUUCAUUUGGAAGUCAUCCUGGAUAAACCCCUCAGGGUCUUUCAUGUGGAAGUGGAGAUCAAUGAUGUGAAUGACAAUGCUCCCAUCUUUUCAGAGGGUGAGGAGCUUUUGAGUAUUCCAGAAUCAGUGCUGCCAGGGGCCCAGUUCCCUCUAGAGGGAGCCUCUGACGCAGAUGUUGGUACAAAUGCUCAGCUGAAGUACAAGCUCAGUUCCACAGAAUAUUUUGCUGUUGAAGAGAAAAUCAAGGACAGACACAGUAAAUCGUUAGUGCUUCUGUUAAAGAAGCCUCUGGACAGAGAGCAAAUCCCUGUGCAUCAUUUAGUGUUAACAGCCACCGAUGGAGGCCAGCCAGAACUCACUGGCACCGUUCAUCUUCAGAUCACAGUGCUGGAUGCAAAUGAUAAUGCACCUAUAUUUAAUCAGUCUGUUUAUAAAGUGAAAUUGUUAGAAAAUGUGAUGGAUGGAACAUUGGUUAUUAAGCUCAAUGCAACAGACUUGGAUGAGGGAUUGAAUAAGGAAAUUUCCUACUAUUUCAGUAGGCAUGUUUCUCCUAGUGUCAAAAAUGUAUUUAGUAUAGAUGCAGAUACAGGUGAGAUUAAAGUGAAAGGAAAUGUUGACUAUGAAGAUACUAAUUUAUAUGAUAUUGAAAUUGAAGUGAAAGACAAAGGAUCUCUUCCUCUGGUUAGUCAUUGCAAUGUCCUCAUAGAAGUUAUGGACAUGAAUGACAACAUCCCAGAAGUGUCAGUGACAUCGCUGUCAGUGCCUGUACCAGAGGACUCUUCAUUGGAGACAGUGGUGGCCCUUAUCAGUGCCUCAGACAGGGACUCGGGAUCCAAUGGGCAAGUAAGCUCCUCUCUAUGGCCACCUGGACUUCCCUUCAAGCUGGUGUCUACCUUCAAGAAUUACUAUUCGCUGGUGCUAAAUGAGCCCCUGGAUCGAGAGAAGGUGGCAGAAUACAAGCUGCUUGUAACAGCCCAGGACCAAGGGGUGCCAUCACUGUCAUCCAGUAUCAGCUUGGUGGUACCCAUUGGCGAUGUGAAUGAUAAUGCACCCUCUUUUGUGCAUCCCUCCUACACAGUGUUUGUGAAGGAGAACAACCCACCUGGGGCACACAUCUUCACUGUGUCAGCCUCUGAUCCGGAUGUGGCUGAGAAUGCUCUGGUCACCUACUGGUUGGAUGAGAAGCACUGGCCGCUGUCGAGUUACAUCUCAGUGCACUCAGAAAGUGGGAAGCUCUAUGCUUUGCAGUCCUUGGAUUAUGAGGAACAGAAGCUACUGGAGUUCAAAGUGAAUGCAAAGGAUGCUGGGCUGCCCUCCUUGUCCAGCAGUGUGAUUGUGCAAGUCUUUGUGGUGGAUGAGAAUGACAAUGCACCGGCAGUAUCUGUGCCAGAGAGCACUCCCAUCUUGCUGGUGGCUCCUUUGAUGGCUGGACAGAUAGUAGCCAAAAUCCGAGCCUUAGAUGCUGAUUCAGGUUAUAAUGCAUGGCUUCAUUAUGAGCUGCUUGAGGCAACUGGUGGCCUUUGGCAGGUGGGAGCAUACAGUGGGGAGAUCACCACCACACAUGCAUUACGUGACAUGGAGGGUGACAGUAGUAUCCAGACUGUGUUGGUGCUGGUGAAGGAUCAUGGCAAGCCAGUGCUAUCAGCCACAGCCACACUGAGUGUGUCACUGAUGGCAAAUGCCCAGGCCAUGCACACUGAUGGCCUUCACUUUAGAGCAGGAAGGAGCCCACAACCAGUUCCUGCGAGGACUAAUGUUUACUUGAUCAUUGCCAUCUGCUCGGUAUCCAGCUUGUUCCUGCUAGCAGUCAUCGUGUAUGUGGCCAUGCGAUGCCAGUGUCAACCCAAGGAGCCAAUGGUAUAUGGUCCUGGAACAGCCACACUGGUCUGUGCCAGUGAAGUGGGCAGCUGGUCAUACUCAAAUCGCCACAGCCAUAUCUUGGCAGGAGUCAGUGGGGAGGCUGGUGGCAAGAAUGACCUCAUGGUUUUCAGCCCCAACAUUCCUGUCUUUGCAGAGAAUGGGGAGGUAAGGAAUGGGAAGGAAAUGGCUCCAGAUUAA